AUGCUGAACGUAUCCGACCGUUAUCCUCGUCUCGCUAACGCCAUUGAGACCUGCAUGGAGCUUAUGGAGCUCACUGCCGAGGAGCUGAGGUGGACGCAAUACGCCACGUCACAGCUCAACGGUAUUGGUUUAACCGAUAUAAGUGCAAAUGUCAGUGUAGGAAUCAACGGUGAUGAUGAUUUUCAUCCCCAUGUGGACCACGUGGGGAAUCUGAACGCUUGGUUGAGUGCAGCUUCCACCAAUCAGGACACGUGUUUGGAAGGUUUGGAAGGGACCCAAUUUCGGUGGGUCUACAACGCCUUCGAACAUGGAAUGAGGCGAUUGACGGAGUCUAUCUUACAUGCGCUGAGUAUCGCCCGUCAGUUUGAUAUUAUGUCAGUGGUUCCUCCCUCCAAUGGUGGCGAUGGUGGCCGGAAGCUGUUGGGUGAUUAUAAUGAUUUCCCGAGGUGGAUCCAGGUGAGUGACCGGAGGCUGUUGGAUUUGCCGGUGAGUCAGAUGCCGGUGAACGUGACCGUCGCGUUGGAUGGGACAGGAAAUUUCACAAAAUUAACGGAUGCGAUUGCGUCAGCCCCGAGUGAUAGUCACCGUCGAUAUGUGAUCUACGUUAAAGCUGGCGUUUAUCAAGAGUAUGUUCGCAUCAAAAAACAUAAAAGGUAUCUAGUGUUAGUCGGCGACGGUGCGGAUCGGACGAUCAUCACCGGUAAUCUGAGCGUUCGACGUAAUAAAAUCACCACAUAUCUAACGACCACUUUCGGAGUCACGGGCCGAGGCAUCAUAAUCCGAGACAUGACCUUCAAGAACACAGCAGGCCCCAAAAUGUCACAAGCAGUCGCCUUUCGAUCAAACUCCGACCUCUCAGUCUACUACCGGUGUGGAUUCCAUGGUUACCAAGACACUCUCUACGCUCACUCUCUCCGCCAAUUCUACCGUAAUUGCACAAUCUCUGGCACUGUUGAUUUCAUAUUCGGCAACAGCGCCGCUGUCUUCCAGAACUGCAAAAUCCUCCUUCGCAAGCCCUUGCCUGGCCAGAAAAACACCAUAACCGCCCAUGGCCGCUUGUCCGCGAGUCAGACCACAGGAUUUUCUUUCCAAAAAUGCAUCAUAGCAGGUGAACCUCAACUCCUAGCUGAUAUGAAAUCAACUAAAUCAUUCCUCGGUCGACCAUGGAGACCAUAUUCUACAACUGUAUUCAUGCAAUCAUACAUUAGCGAUUUGAUCCAUCCUAGAGGUUGGGUUGAAUGGAGCGGAGACUAUGCUUUGAAGACUCUUUAUUAUGCCGAGUACAAGAAUUAUGGACCGGGGGCUCGCCUAGUGGGCCGCGUCAACUGGAUCGGGUUCCAUUCAAUCAAUACUACAUCGGAAAUGUUAAAUUUCACUGUGGAUAGGCUCCUCCAUGGCAGCUCAUGGCUACCUUUCACGGGUGUCACGUAUUCGCUUGGUCUCCAGACGUAG